AUGAAUCCGAGCCCGCCCGACACACCCGCCCUGUCACCCAUCCGAACCAUGAAUCAUUCUUCACCUUCUCGAAUGUCCAUCGAUUCUCCUCACACACAGACUCAGACACAUUCGUCCUCGCCGUUUCUGCAUAACCUUACCCAACGACUCCGCAAGGGUUCCAAUGCAAGCUCCCACAGUGGUGAGCACCCUGCCUCUCCUCAGCCACUACCACCGCACGACCCUAUAACCAAAACCGAAUCGUCCCGGGCGGCAAGACGUAUGUUAUUCUCCAUGGUAAGAGAUGACUGGGACUAUCCGUCCACAACAGUCAGGAACAAUGACACGGGGCCCCCGGCGCGGGAACCGGUCGGGUACCGGCUGCGCGACGAAUGGCAGUCGGACAUAGAGGCCGAAGAGAUGUUAUUGAGACGUGGCGUUCGAUCAAGAACGGAUCCCUACAGAUUCGAGAAUCCAGACGAUGUGGGCACCUUCGUGGCUGAACGCCUUCGAAAACGCCGCCGUCUGCUAGAAGACGAGAUGCAAUGGAACGAAGGACUGCGGACCUGGGCCCAGCGGCGCGACGCCUGGACAGGCGCUGUAAGACACAAACCGAUCAUGGAAGACCAAGUCAGCAGCAACUCCAAGGCCAAUACAAAUCCCGGUCUCAACGCCCGGUGGCCAUCAUCGUCGUCGUCCACGAAGCGGCCCUCGCACAAAUCUCGACUGUCACACACGAUACGGCCAUCCCAUGAACGUGACACUUCGCAUUCGGCCAACAACAGCCCGGCGCUCUCGCCACAGACUCCGACUUCAGUCGCGAAUUCAAACAUGUCGUCUUCCGCGUCGGAGUCUUCGUCCGUCGAGAGCAAUGUCGACUCUAAGAACGACGCUGCCGCAGCCAGCGAGCCCGCCUCCGGUCCAUGGCUACCAAUCUUCCCGCCCAUUCUGUCUCAAGAAGACGUGCUGCGCGACCGGAUCAAACCUCAAGCCUAUGCGACCAUCUACAGCAAAGUCGUGGUCCAGUCGAUGACGCCCAAUGUGCCAAUUCCGCUUAAACACAUGAUCCCCGCAUUAGUCGAAGGCUGGAAAUCAGAGGGUAAUUGGCCACCCCAAGCGGCGACGCUGGCGGCACAGGAUCUGAAGAAAGGUCGACAGUCUUCCACAUUCUCUAAGUGGAGGCGAGAACACCAUUUCGACAGCAAAGCGGCCGACCACACUGCCGGCGUCGUCAAUGAAGAUGGCAAAUCACGGGUCAGGCGGAGUAUAAGUAUGAUGCGCAAGGUUCUGGGCGGCGUACAUAGUGACGACGGCCUCGGCGAGCUGGGCAUUGAGUUCUGCGAGCAGGAUGAGGAGGAGAUGCGGAAGAACAUCACCCUUAAUCAAGGCUUGCUGAGCACGGACAAUGGUCAUGGCCAUAAACAUGGAUCUUCUCGAUGA